CUGCGGAGGAGGGGAGCAAAAUUUUUUGUUGGUCAUAUACUGAGCAAAACCUAAAGGGGAAAAGGGUUUUGAAACUUGUUUGGCUGCUUUAGUUGGUAUAGAUCAAAGAAUUCGCAUCAUCAAACGGAAAGGAUAAAUUUAAUCCCAUCAUUGUCUUAGAAUCCAACGUAGAAAAUUUACCUAAAUGCUGCAAAUAUACGUUAAAACAAAAUGCCCACAUCUUCCAAACAUACGCUGCAAUGGCUAUAUGUGAUUCUAGAGAUAAUCACUGUAUUAACUACUAUUCCACACAUGGUUUACACAUAUCAAACCACCAAUUCAAAUGCAAUACUACAACAACAAAAUGUUCCUCUAACACCAACUAUACAGCAACAACAACAACAAGGAGAGGCAAAAGUUGCCGCACUCAAUAUACCGGCAACGGUGAAUAUUGUUAAGCAAACAAAAGUGCCUUUACACUAUGAUAAUGCCACAAUAGAAUUGGUUGUGACCCCACAAAUCAAUCAUAAUGUUGCGCAGGCGGGGCCUGGAGUUGUGGCAUCGGCCGCCUCUACAUCCUCGGCAACAUCACAAAGCAAUAACAAUGCGGGACAACUAGCACAGCAACAGCAAUUCCUACAGACACCGGCCAAUGUCUUCUUUACGAACUACAAUAGCCAACAAAAUGUACGGCAACUAUUAAGGAAUAUGGAUGAGCGUUUCAAAAAUAUGCGUAAUGUGGAAAUGAGAGUGGCCACAAUACAGGAAAUUUUCGAUUCCAUGCAUUUUUCCACCUCAACAUCGUUUACUUUUAAUAAAAAUCUUUCCAUAAACGGGGAUCGCAUACCCUAUGCGCUGUUAGAUUUUAAGCUACAACAAGAUCUACACCACUUUAGCAAGCGUUUAGCCGAAAAGUUGGAAAAGGCCUUGCACAUUGUGCGAGACUUGAAAGAGUUCUUCCAAACAAACAUCACCCAAAUAAUGCAGUUCACUGCGGAAUAUGAGGAAGACCUCGAAGAGGAUGAUUCCGAUGUGGAGCCUGAGUUCGACAUGGAAUCAAAUGAUAUAGAACGCCCCAUAAGCUCACAUGUCAAACCCUUGUAUCUGAACACAUUCAUACAAUCCUGCUAUGACAUGGACUCCUCCAGUUUCACUGCAAUGCCCGAGAACUACAACAAACAACAAAUACAAAUACUCAAUUAUGAUAAGACUGAUUAUGCUCCCCUAAUGAAAAACUACAUAGACACCUCUUUGCUCAACGAGAACAAUGAACUGACCGUAGAGGCCAAUUCGUAUAUUAAGGAAAAAAUAAAAUCCCUCAAGAUGUCGCUGUUGAAAAACGAAAAAACUCCCUGGAACAUGGAAAAGAUCAAUAUAGGGAAUCACAUAAAACACAUCUACUUUUUGUCACGCAGCGAUGAUGCCAGUGAUGCAUUUACAAAAUUCUAUCAUGAUGCCCAUUUUCGUUACCUUUUCACAUCAGCCAUACAAAAGAAAUAUGUCUUCCUAUUGCUGGAUGUGGGCUCGGCUAUGAGCGGCGAGCUGCUGGAAUUGGCCAAAACUUACAUAUCAAAUAUUUUGCAAUUACUUUCGGCCAAUGACUUGAUAUCCUUGGUUUGUGUGUCGGAUGAAGUUGAGAAUAUGUUGCUCUUGGAUGCUUCCGAUAUUGAUGCAGCCAAUGGUUUGUAUUUAAGUUCACGCGAACGUAAGGAGGAAAUUAUCAACUACAUCAGCAGUUUGACAUUGAGUCGAGCCCUUACCAAUCACUCGUUGGCAUUUGAGUAUGCUUUCAAAAUGCUUGCCAGACUAGAAAAUGCCAGCUUAAUUGGAGCUCAAAUGCCAAUCGAAUUUGUUUACAUAACAAGGGGCUUGUUGACAAACUUUUCGGAUGCCAUGCAUGUCCUGAAUGUGGUGGCCAAGGGACAGAAGUUAUUGCAAAAGCCAAUUGUUAUCAAUGCAUGUGGAGUGGUGUUAGAUGAAAAGCGCAUCAUGUACGAGAGGCAAUUUCUGACCGAUAUAACAUCACAGAACUACACCAAAUAUGAUAUAGACGUCAAGGAUUGGUACAAAACCGAUUAUCAAUUGACGGGAAAGCUUUUCUUUCUAACCAAAAUGCAACAGGAUAGCAUUAUACAAUCGGCCACAGCGAUAUUUCAAAAAGAUUUUCAAGAUCCUUAUCUGAUAAAAACUUGGCAAGUUCAUCCGCCGAUUGUGGAUGCCACCAGCAGAGAUACCAUAGUCUCCGUGACUCAUGCUGUUGCACCCUUUGGUGUAGUGGGAGUCAAUCUCUACUUGUCCGAUCUAAUAGAAGAUGUCAAUAGCUACCACUACCAACAGCAACAGUUUACCCUUAACAAUAAACAGGACAAUUCCUAUGCCUUUUUGAUUGAAACUAAUGGCAAUACUUUGACACAUCCAGCCUUUCCAAGGCCUAUAACCCUAAACCAGACACCCUUCCCCGUUGACAUACAAUACUUGGAGAACUCCACUAACUUUGCUGAUAUACGGCAGAAAAUGUUGACCGAAGAAGAUGGCAAUGAGACCACAACAAUUUUCCUAAACAAGAAUCGUAGGCAAGAGAAAUUCAUACGCACGUAUCAGUGGCAUAACAUUUUGGGUUUCUAUGUCUUGUGUAUGGUGAACACCAGAAAGGCCGAAGAGAAUGGAGCCAAGACUAGUGAUACAAAGCUGAAUUUGGCCAUACCAGCCGCAAUGCCCUUGACUUUAAAACAUUUCGCUUCGAAGAACAAUAUACCUAUGUAUACACAUUCCGAGGACUAUGAGCAAUACUUUACCACCAUUGAUUUGAUAUAUCAUCGUUUGGAUUUGCUGCCAUCCAGAGGGUCCAGCAAUAUAUGUCGUUAUUUUCGACAAAUUUCCACCAUGGAUGCGGCUACCCUGUUUUUGAGUUCAUUGGCUUUCGAGUCUCCUUUUACAUUCCUGCACAACAAUCGUUUGAGCUCGUCACAAACCCAGCUGAGAACCAUAUCAGAAAGUAUUAUAGCCUACUUAAAGGACUCCACUGGGCUUCUGGCCAAUCCAGGUCUAAGGCCGCAGAUACGCACCGAAGUCAAUGCGCUCUACACUGCCAUGCAGCAUCUUAAGAAACGACACCAAGAUGCCAGGGGAUCAUUGAAAAAUUUUAUAAUACGUCGUUACAUAGCCUCGGUGAAUGGUGUGCUGCAGGUCUAUCCGGGCUGUUUGCUCAACAAUAAUUUUGAUCCCUCCCAAAGGACAUGGUAUCGCAAGGCCAUACAAAAUCCUGGAAAAAUUGUUACCACCGAGCCAUAUCUGGAUGCUGCCGGAGCGGGCUAUAUAAUAACUAUAGCCCAUACGAUAUUUGAAGGCAAAUCGAAUGCUUUACAUUCCAUUGAAAGAGAUCAACCGGUGGCCAUUGUGGGCCUGGAUGUACCUUAUUCGUAUCUGUAUAGAAUGAUACUGGACUCCACCCCCUUGUGUCAAAUGCAUAACAUCAAGUGUUUGCUAUUCGAAAAUGAGGGUUAUUUGGUGGCCCAUCCCUCCAUGAUGGAGGCCAAGACGGCAACACGCAAUCAACGCAGACCCCAUGAGCAUUUAACCCACAAAGAGUCGUACUUGGCCAAUGACAUAUUAAAUCACAAGACUCUGGUGCGUAAGUUGGCCUGCGCGAAUUACCAAAACCGCACCUUGCAGCGUUACUAUGUAUUCAAUACCUCCCUCAGCGAUAUGUUGACAAAUGUAGUCCAUGGUGAGAGAACCAAGUAUGCCAUAGCCCUUAUCAAAGGUUCUAAUAUUUUUGCUGCGGUACUAAAUUCCACCUGUGAUGGGGGUGCCUUUUGUCCCUGCAGCACCAUUGAUCGCCAGUGUUUGAAUUGCAAACGCAUGGAUCAAUCGGAUUGUGAGUGUCCUUGUGAAUGCCCCAUGCCAGUGACAAGUGUGGGCGAUACCGUCUCCUCAUUGACCGAUGAUGAGGAAGAGAGCACCACAAAUUUUUCCUAUUUAAAUAUAACCAAACAAUAUUCGUAUUGUGAACCUCCCUACGAGGUGUAUAUACCGGAGCCACAGAUGUUUUUGACGCACGAACAAAGCAUGGAACUGCCAACUUGUGUCAAUAUAAACUGUGAUAUUUAUAGUACACAACGUGAAUGUUUGGGUGUUAUGGGUUGUGAGUGGUGUCAACAGGAUGUGGAUGGCAAUGGAUUUGCAGCGGCGUUUUGUAGUGUUCAGUCCACAUGUUACAAUGGAGUUCUUGCCAGUCUUUCACCCUAUGGUGAUCUUUAUGAUGAUGAUCUUUUGGUGGCUCAUGGCUACAAUCCCUCCAUUAAACCCAGCACCUAUUCCGCAUUUGGACCGGUGGGAGGGGCUAUUAUUGUCUUGGCCAUAGUCAUAGGCUUUGCCAUCUACUGUUAUCGCCACAAUGUGGACAGCUCUUCGCAAGAACAAUUCUACAUGGAUUCAAUGCAAGAAGAAAACUAUGGCCUGCCAUUGUCACGCUUUAAUUUUGAUGACUGCCAGACUCAUGAUGAUCCUCCCGGCGGGGGGCCUAGUGGAGGUUAUGAUCAUGCCGCUGCUCAACGCAGCCUUAUGAAUGCUGCCGACAUUUCACCUUACCACAUGAGUACGGGCAGCAGUUAUCGCCGUCCGCCUAAUGGCGAAUCUGACCAUGGUUACUCAACCAUGACACCCCAUGAGGAUUCAUCGGAUCACCAAUGUUUCACAUUGGCCGAACCCCUAUUGCUCAAUGACAAACGUCACAGUAAAUCCGACACCAUGUCCAUAUCAACAUCCAUAUCAUCGCCCACGAAUCGCCAACAACAACAACAGCAGCAGUCAUCCCAUUAUGGAUUUCCCACCAAGGAGUCCCGCUACAACAUAACAUCACCCAAAAAAUAUCAUUCGCCCAGCAGGGGUGUUUAUGAGGCAACCACAAUUCCCCUGCAAACAUCUCUGGCCAAUGCAACAGCAACAACUGGAGCUGAUGAUGUGCUUGUACCCGGGGCCACACAUCUCAUUUUGGCCCCCGUCACUGUACACCGGCAUAUGGAAACUUCCGAAUCAUAGCCCUAAGCUUGUAGCCCUAUUCAUUUGUAUGUUUAUUUUUGUAAUAAUGCCCUUUGUUAAUAUGUAAUUUUAUCUUAAAUCUAAGUUAAGAAAAAUAAUUCCACCCUACAUACACACACACACUUGAUUGCCAAUAUUAGUUAUUAACUUCCAACCAAGAAUUUUAGUUAAGGUAAAACUUUUUUUCUAUAGUUUAACUAUACAAAAAAGAAAAAAAAAAAGAUGUUGCUAUUUACUUAGCAGGUUUGCGUUGAGGUUGAGGAGAGACGAAGCAGAUGCAGAAGUUGUUUUCCAACUCUUAGGCAUUAAAAUGCUUAAAUAUUUAUGUUAAGAUUGUUUUUAAAUAACUGAGUAUUAUAUUUUUAUAAUCGUUCAAUGAAGUUACAGAGAAAGUUUGAGAGUUAGAGAUAGAGCGAGAGUGUACUACUAUUAAAGAGCAUAAGUGUUCACUUAUCAUGCCACAGCCCCCCAUUGUCCAUUUAAAUUAUGAAUAAAAUGUACUUAUUUAAAAGUAUUAUUGCUUUACAUAACAUAAAAUCAAAAUUAUAAAAAAAAAAAUCAUACUUUGUAUACUAUUGCGUUAAUUUAAGCUAAAACAAAAACUACAACAACAACAUCAAAUAAAAUUUAACAACAAAAACUUA